CACGCCGUGCGGAGCCAUGGCCGCCGCGCACACUGAGGGGCGAGUUGGGGGGCAAGAAAGUGUUGUGUGUGUGGUGCGGAAAGAGCAGAGAGAGCGAGCGAGCAUGGAGGAGGAGGAGGAGGAUGGAAGGGCAUCUUUGUCAAUGGUCAACCGAAGCCUCUUGGAAGUUGAGCCUUUACGCAUUGGAAAGUCUGCAGGCAUGACAGGGGCAGACACUGCUAUAGAAGAUCGAAAGCUGGAGGUUGCAAAGGAACUGUCUACUACUGAAGAGAAUGGAAGUGACCUCACAGCGGCCAACGUGAGUGCCACAGGGAAGUCGGUGGAAGCUUGUGAGAUGUCUGCAGACGGUGAAACCAAUGGUUCCUGUGGAAGGAGUGAAGAAGCGUCUUCGGCAAAGAAUCAUCAGACUCCACUUAAACACACUCAGGACACUGUGAAAAGAGAAUUGCAGGAUCUCAAUGAACUCAACCAGAUAAACGAAAAUGGAAUUUUAGACGAAGACAAUAAGACUGUUAAAGCAAGUAAUCAUAUGAAUUCAGACGAUUUGACACUGGCUUCUCUUACAGGAAGCAAUGGAUUUGUUUUAAAUAGUAAACCUUUAUCGCAGGUACAGACCGGGACUGCUUCUUUAAUCGGUCAUGCUGCCAAAACACUUCCUUCCUCUCCCAGCAAGACUGGGGGAGCCAACAAGGUAAAAAGUAUGAACGCAGUGAGAACUACCGAAGUUUCUCAAAACCAAGCCAUGAAACCGCUCAGUGUGGCACUGGCCAAAUCAGGAGAAGAAAAUACAGAAGAAAAUGCAUCUCAGGCUAAAAAUCUCACACAUGGCCUCGCCACUGAGGUCAGGGUUCACAGAGCGAGGAAGACUCUACCCAAAACCAACACAAAUCAGACACCAAACAAAGACCCAAAGGAAGAAGGUGUAAAUAGUCUAGAAUCUGGAACAAAACUUCCACCUCCACCAUCACCAGCACCAUCACAACAACCAACACCACCACAGCAACAGAUACUACCUCAGAAUCAGAACAAUACUGCCACUAGCAAACCACAGUCAGUGGCUAGGAAGAAGAAGCGAAAAAUGGGGAUUUACAGCCUGGUUCCUAAGAAGAAGACCAAACUGCUAAAACAGCGCACAGUACUUGAAAUGUUUCAGAACAUAUCACGGUCUGCAUCUGGCAUGGAGGAACAGAAAGACUCUUCUAAUGGUGUCGUUGAGAAUAUAAACGGGGAGAAUGUCGAUGUAUCUCAAGAGAUGGAGUCUGAGGAGGAGGAAGAGGAGGAGUAUGAGGAGGAAGAGGAAAAAUACAGUGUUGCAGACCAACCGGAUUCCGAGCUCUCAACAGAUUGUGGAGGCACUGGGAGCUCCUCUCAGGGCAGCAUUCGUGAAAUGGAAUCUUCUAAGAAACAAGAGGGAUAUGAUCCUGAGGAGGACCAAGAUACUGAUGACAUGGAGGAGGAAGAUGAUGACUUUGAGUCAGAUGUGAGUUCAGAAUCUGGUUUGAAAAGGAAGUGGAAGAAAAAGGGAAAGAAUGACAACCCGUGGGUUAAACCAUCACGGAAGCGAAGGCGGAAAAAUCGACCAAAAAGCAGGAAUAUCGCAGGUACUGAAACAGAGACCCAAGCUCAGACAGACAGCACUGAGUAUACAGAGGUGCCACUUGGCUCACUGGAUCUGCCUGCAGGAGGUCUGUUCUCCUCACUCUCUCCAGGUAUUUCCCAAAGCUCUGACCCAAUGGAACUAGAAAAACUACAGGAGCUCGAAAAGCUACAAGAGCUGCCACUUUGCAGUUGCCGGAUGGAAGCGCCAAAAAGCCGAGAGAUUUUUAAGACGGUGAAUGAUAAGUGUAUGGCCACCGAGACGAUAGACGAUGAGUUGAGUAGAUGCAUCAACAGUGUGAACAAACAAGAGAUGAUGCGACCCUCCAACAACGUGCAACUAAUGGUAUUGUGUGAGGACCACAGAGCCAGGAUGGUUAAACAUCAGUGUUGUCCAGGAUGUGGAUACUUCUGUACUGCUGGGACGUUCAUAGAAUGCCAACCAGAUAACAACAUUUCUCAUCGCUUUCACAAGAACUGUGCGUCUGAAAUGAACGGGAUGACUUUCUGUCCGCACUGUGGGGAGGAUGCUGCGCAAGCAAAAGAAGUUACCAUCGCGAAAGCAGACACCACCUCGAUGGUGCCGGUCAUUCCACCACAAGAGGAAGAGGAGGAGGAAGAGGAGGAGAAGAUGGUUACUGUGAACGGAAAAGCAGACACCACUACAGCAAGCAGUGCUCGGAUGAGGAUGAUGGGGGAGAGUAAGCCUGAGUCCACCAUCUCCAAAGUAGCUGAUAGUUCAGAUACCUCGGGGCAUUUCACUGCAUUGAGAACGGGUGCAGUCAUAUCAACCACAGGACUGCCAACAGGGCCUGGGAAAGAGACCAUGGAAAGUAUACUUAUUGCACUUGACACAGAGAGACCCAAGAAGUUGCGUUUUCACCCAAAACAGCUGUACAUCUCUGCAAAGCAAGGGGAGAUGCAGAAAGUGCUUCUAAUGUUGGUUGACGGGAUUGAUCCUAACUUUCGAGCUGAACUCCAGAAUAGGCGGACACCCCUUCACGCAGCUGCUGAAAUGGGCCACGUGGAAAUUUGCCAUAUGCUAGUACAGGCUGGUGCUAAUCUAGAUACCUGUGAUGAUGACCAGAGGACUCCAUUGAUGGAAGCAGCGGAGAACAACCAACUUGAAACCGUUAAAUACCUCUUGAAAGCCGGCGCACUGGGAGAUCACAAGGAUGUAGAGGGUUCAACGUGCCUACAUCUGGCUGCUAAGAAAGGUCACUAUGACGUGGUUGUACAUCUCUUGUGCACAGGACUAAUAGAUGUGAAUUGUCAGGAUGAUGGAGGUUGGACGUCCAUGAUUUGGGCCACCGAGUAUAAGCACAUAGAUAUUGUAAAGCUACUCCUGUCAAAAGGAGCCGAUAUCAACAUUAGGGACAAUGAGGAGAAUAUUUGUUUGCACUGGGCAGCUUUCUCAGGCUGCGUGGACAUUGCUGAGAUCUUCUUGAAUGCAAGGUGUGACCUCUUUGCAGUAAACAUGCACGGGGACUCCCCUCUACACAUCGCAUCGAGGGAAAACCAUUACGAGUGUGUGGUGCUUUUCCUCUCACGUGGUGCUGAUGUUAAUAUCAAGAAUAAAGAGGGAGAGACACCGCUGGAGUGCUCAAGCCUGAACUCACAAGUGUGGGUUGCUCUGCAGGUGAACAAAAAGUUGAAACAAGCAGCGGCCAGCAAAGCCAUUCAGGCUGAGAAGCUGAUUAGCAGAGAUAUCGCUAGAGGGUAUGAACAUGUACCAAUUCCAUGUGUCAACGGUGUGGAUGAGGAACCUUGUCCAAAUGACUAUAAAUAUGUCUCCCAAAACUGUGUAACGUCUCCAAUGAACAUCGAUAGGAAUAUCACUCACUUGCAGUACUGUUUCUGUGAAGAUGAUUGCUCCUCCAGUAACUGCAUGUGUGGCCAACUAAGUAUACGCUGCUGGUAUGACCGGAACGGACGACUUCUUCCUGAAUUCAACAUGGUGGAGCCACCGCUUAUCUUCGAGUGCAAUCAUGCCUGUGGAUGCUGGAGGACCUGUAAAAACCGCGUGGUACAAAACGGCGUCAGGGUUCGAUUGCAGAUCUACCGUACAAACAAGAUGGGGUGGGGCGUACGGUCAUUGCAAGACAUUCCAAAGGGUAAUUUCAUCUGCGAGUACGUCGGGGAGCUUAUAACUGACGCAGAAGCUGAUGUGCGGGAAGAGGACUCCUAUCUUUUUGACCUUGACAAUAAGGAAGGGGAGGUGUACUGCAUUGAUGCUCGUUACUAUGGAAACAUCAGCCGCUUUGUGAACCAUCUGUGCGAACCAAAUCUGAUCCCGGUGCGGGUGUUUAUGUCACAUCAGGACCUCCGCUUCCCCAGAAUUGCAUUCUUCAGCAGCAGAGACAUCAAGACUGGCGAGGAGCUUGGGUUUGACUAUGGAGACAGGUUCUGGGACAUCAAGAGCAAGUCUUUUACCUGUCAGUGCGGUUCGGAGAAAUGCAAACAUUCAGCCGCUGCCAUCGCUCAACGACAAACCACAGUGGCUCAACAGGAAGCUCAGCAAAACCGACUCCCAGACACCAGCUCAGCCACAACUGCCAACACCUCUUGACAAGCUCCUCCGCCCCACGGACCACAUUGAGUUGUAUUGAGAGAAUUGGCUCCGCUUUACACGCAGAGACUUUUGGAAGCGCCAGCUCAGCUGUACUUAUAAAUUCUUCCUUCGAAUUGUCUGUCUAGAUAUCGAUGAUAGGACAUUUAAUAAAUGGGACUUUUUUUGUUUGAGUGUGAGGGCCAACAGUUCUGGUGCUGAUUUUAGUGUGAUUUUACUCGGAAGUAAAUUGCACCUCCCUGAUUGUAUAAAGAAACAACCCGUUUUUACCAUGAAUUCAGUCAAAACUUUUUUUACAUGUCGUAGUGAUAUUUAGCAAUAACCGUAGUAAUAGUUUGUCCCUUACGAACUCGCCAUCGGCUGUUGAUACGUGAUGGUUUGGACGUGAACGCCAUUUUGCAUAAAGAUUUUUAAACAUCCUUUAGUGCAGGUCAGUUUUUCUUUCUGUGCGAAUCCUCCCUUCAAGAAAUUUACAGAGACAUUCAAAAAUACUGUUUGCAUUCAUUUUAAUUUGGGACGGUUUUAAGGGCAUUUAUGCUUGAUCCAUUAGUGUUCUGAAUUUGUAUGCAAAUCUUGCUCAAAUGUUAUAAAUAAAAAAGCAGUUCUGUAAUA